CCAGAGAACAUUCAGUUCUGAGCGUUCCAUUGUGAGAGAGACGCUCGACACUCGAGAGCUUCUAUGGAACGCUGAAGCAUUCGAACGCACACUGGAUCUGAGGUUCGACAGACCUACAACUUACACGUAAAGCUGUCGAGCUGGAAUUAUUACUGACCGACUGAAUUAGAACACAUAAGCCUGUAAAGAGUCUAAAGACAUGGAAUCAACAAAGCAAGGAGGCGUGAUAGCCUACGUCUGCUCCUCAAGCUCCGCCCCCAGCCCUGAGACCUGCAUGAGUGACAGCUCUAUUAGCCACUCCCCUUCAUCCUCCCCGCCUCUGCCCACCAAACAGGGCCGUCUGACGGACCUGCCCACCGCCGGACUGCUGUCCAAACACCCACGCGGACACGCUUCUGACAAGACGCUCGCUGCCAAGAGCAGCAUCACCAAGCUUAACGGGAUGGUGCUACUUUGUAAAGUGUGUGGAGACGUCGCCUCGGGCUUCCACUAUGGUGUUCAUGCCUGUGAAGGCUGCAAGGGCUUCUUCAGAAGAAGCAUCCAGCAGAAUAUUCAGUAUAAGAAAUGCCUAAAGACAGAAAGCUGCACUAUUGUGCGGAUAAACCGCAACCGCUGCCAGCAGUGCCGCUUCAAGAAGUGUUUAUCUGUCGGGAUGUCCCGAGACGCUGUGCGUUUUGGACGCAUCCCGAAACGGGAGAAGCAGCGAAUGCUCUUAGAGAUGCAGACGGCCAUGAAUAACAUGAUGAACAACAGUCAGCUGCAGCGCAUGCUGCACGGCGCGCAGACCGUCCCGUGCGCCAUCGACAGCAGCCAGAGCGACUCCAGCUCCUCCUCUCCUUCGCCACCGGAUUCGCCUCGCUCCUCCUCGGAUCUCUCCCGCGACUCGGAGUCAGCCGUUCCUAUGGACACGGCAUCGUCCUGUUCGUCCGACAGCGGGGAAGAAGACGCGCCGAGCAGCGGACGCGCUCCCCGCGAGGACCUGUUCGCGUACGCCUCACCCCCACGUGGAGGGUCCGUAUCUCCGGCCAGCUCCGAAACGCUCAGCAGCAGCAGUAAGGAGGAAGAGGAGCCGCCGCGGGAAUGCUGGAGCCGCUGGAACGAGAGCGGCAGCGCUGACAACCUGCACAACACCACUGGACCUUACAGGGAACAUGUGAGCGCGUAUCACGUGACCCAGCAGUGCAAUCGAAACCCAGAAAACCUGCCUUACCACAGAAACAACAUGAACGAAGUCCAGACUGGAGGAAACAGAGGACACCUGGUGUGUCCCAUGAGCGUUUCCCCCUUCGUGGACCCCUGCAAGCCCGGUCAUGAAAUCUGGGAGGAGUUUUCCAAGAGCUUCAUCCCUGCCGUACGAGAAGUCGUGGAAUUUGCCAAGCGGAUCCCGGGCUUCCAGGAUCUUUCCCAACACGACCAGGUCAACCUCCUCAAGGCGGGAACCUUCGAGGUGCUGAUGGUGCGCUUCGUGUCGUUGUUCGACGUGAAAGAGCGGACGGUGACCUUCCUGAGCGGGAGGAAGUACAGCGUGGACCUGCUGCGCUCCAUGGGCGCCGGAGAGCUGCUCAACUGCAUGUUCGAGUUCAGCGAGAAACUCUCAGCCCUGCAGCUCAAUGAGGAAGAGAUGAGUCUCUUCUCCGCCGUGGUGCUGGUGUCUGCAGACCGAUCGGCCAUCGAGGACGUAAACGGCGUGGAGGCCCUUCAGGAGACGCUGAUCCGAGCCCUUCGCAACCUGAUCAUGAAAAACCACUCGAACGAAGCGGCCGUCUUCACCAAGCUGCUCCUAAAGCUGCCCGAACUGCGCUCGCUCAACAACAUGCACUCCGAAGAGCUGCUCGCCUUCAAAAUCCAACCCUAAACCCCCUCCUAACUCGCUGUCUGACCAACCUGGGCUGUAUAUUUCACUCUUGAAUGUAUUUAACGGGCUUUUUUUACUGUUUUGUGAAUAUAAAAGCGCAUUUGGAAUCGUUCAGGUUUUAAAGCUACGUUAGAGAUCAUUGUGAUUCGCUCAUCACGCACAAGCGAAGGUUUCAAACACUAGACUCUUCCUCAGCGGCGUAUCAUCUUUUCAUUAUGUGCAAUAGCUGCUAAACGCAUGGCUAUUUCUAUAAGAGCAGCUUUAUGUCGUAUCUUGUCCAAAAGAUUAUGUGUUGUAUAUAUAUAAAUAUAUCUGAUGUAAUUUUCUUUUCUGAAUGUAUGUCUGUUGCUAGCAGCAUGUUGGCAUCAUUUUAACCUGUGUAACAGGGGCGAUGCUUUUGCACGAGGUGUCGAGGAACAGAUCGGGCGCUUUCGACUCCCCCGACACCAUAAUAACGGUGCGCAGACGGAGGAUAUCCGCCUGUCCGGUUGUAAUUUAUCAGCGGAGUCACUUUAAAUGGCAUUUUUCUAUAGAUGACAUACAGAGAGGUGUUAUUAGUCUUCCAUUAUGCAGCGGGAAACGUGUAUAGUGGACCUGAACAAAACUAUGAAAGAGUUUUAUUUAUCGACGUUUGUACAGAUUGCCUUAUCACUUUUCGCCACAUUUACGGACACGGGGAACAUUUGUUAUUUUUCUUCUCUGUAACGAUCGCGGGGCAGGGAAACGAUGUUAAAAUCCCAGUUAUUUUGGGAUGCGCUGCUCCCGGUUUACUCUAUGCAUAUGGAAACAGCUUGACAAUAUGGACAUUUCUCAGCCUGUAACCGACAGGAAAAGAUGUACCGCUUUCUUGUUCAGCUCUGGUGUGUCCGUGUUUUUUUUGUUUCCUUAUAAAACAGUGCAGUAUGUAUAGUUGUGUAUAUCUAUUUGAAAUAUAUCAUUAUAAAAGAAAAAAAAUCAAUAAAUAUUUACUUGUCA